AUGUACUCACUCAACAAUUCGACACUCUUGAUCCAUUGUGUUCUUCGUUCUCUCCCCUCUACAAACCAUCAUUCAUCCUCAAACAACGCUUCUCAAUUGAGGUUCCCAUUCUCUCACUACCACUUUCUCCUACGUUCUGAUCGAUAUCGACAUCAGCUCCAGCUCAAUGAAAUGCCUCCUUUCUUCGACUGUCCGCGUCUCAACGCAACAAUACCCCUGAACGCAACAACCGUCGUCUCCUACCUCGUCAAGAAACAUCUCAAAGAUCCCCAAAAACCACCGUCAAUAUGGGGUCAAGCCAAGACGAAGACUAAGAAAUGGACAGCGUUGGGCAUAUUUUUCCUUGUCAUUGGUGUUCUACUCGCUAUCGGCUUUGCGUGCUGGAUUAUCAUACCAACCUGUGCCAAUAUUGAAUGGCACAACCCGCGUCGGCGACGUGACUACAUCCCCCCUCCUGCGCCGCUAACAUGGAUGCCUCCACCCCAACCCAAGCCUAAAAAACAGCCUAAAAAGCAGCCCAAAAAACCUCCAGAAGCCAAGAAAAAACCGACGGCACCUAAAAUCCAAGAAAUUCCACCCUUCAAGGCACCACCAAACUACACGAGAACCUUCAGGGCGGGUGCUAAUCCGCCAAAAUCAGAUCCCUAG